AUGGCCGACCCGAACGGCCUCCCCACGUCGCCGGACCCCAAGUACGACGAACAAUGGGCGAAGGAUUUACGGGUACAAUUCGAAGGGUUGUUGCGAACUAAACGCCUGAAUGAGCUGGAUCGAUCGCGAUCACGGAAUACUACUCCUCCACCGCGAGAGCGCGCCUCGUCCUCGAAUCUGAGAGCCUCGGCUUCGCACAAUCCACAAUCCCCUGGCUACCGACCGUCAACCUCGACUGGCUCUGCUGCAACUCCUCCCUCCUACGCGUCGCUGCGGCACUUACCAAAGGUCCCAUCACCACCGACGGAUGCGCAAUCGCAGAAGUUUCGAAACUUAUUAAUCUCUUUGUCCUUAACCCCGACGAAAUACGAGAACCCGGGCUUGCUGGACGAGGCCUUACAGGUCAUUCCCUUGGAUCGCAUAUACGGCGAGGCAGAAGAGGAGAGUCAGGUGCUGCAGGCACAGGCGGAAAGUAUGGGGGAUGGGCGACAACCGGAAUGGGGUUAUCAGGAUUGUGUCAUUCGCGCAUUAUUGAGGUGGUUCAAGCGGUCGUUCUUUUCAUGGAUAAAUAAUCCACCAUGUCAAGUCUGCCUGUCUCCAACGAUUGCGCAAGGCAUGACACCCCCAACCCCCGAAGAAUCAGCGUACGGAGCUCUCCGAGUCGAGUUGUACAGGUGUUCAGCGGGAGAUUGCGGAGCUUAUGAGCGGUUUCCACGAUACGGUGAUGUAUGGCGGUUACUCCAAACACGCAAAGGGCGAUGCGGCGAGUGGGCCAACGUGUUCAGCAUGUUGUGUCGAGCUGUUGGUGGACGGGUGAGAUGGGUAUGGAAUGCCGAGGACCACGUAUGGACCGAAGUCUAUUCCGAGAUGCAAAAACGAUGGAUCCAUGUCGAUGCGUGUGAGGAGGCUUGGGAUAAUCCACGGCUGUAUACUGAGGGAUGGGGGAAGAAAAUGUCCUACUGCGUUGCGUUCUCGAUGGACGGCGCCACGGACGUCACUCGUCGGUAUGUGCGCAAGACCGAGUACGCUCUCGAGCGUAACAGAUGCCCCGAGGAAGUAAUGCUCUAUAUCAUGAACGAGAUUCGCAGUCUUCGACGAGCCAACAUGCCAAAGGACGAGCGCUUUCGUCUGGAGAAGGAAGAUAGCCGGGAAGAUAAGGAGCUCCGAGGCUAUGUCGUGGCAUCAAUUGCUCAAUCCGUGGUAUCGAAUUUGAGACCUGGGAUGUCAAUAACUUCGGGCUGUCGUCCUCCUAGCCCGGACGACGACCAGAAACGGCCUCCUGAGCAACCGGCCGGUAGACAAAGUGGUGCUCAGGAGUGGAUCAACGCUCGAGGAGAGAAUGGUCCUCGUCUACCACCACGGGACCCAAACCAUCGCGGACAUUGA